CGAAUGUGCGUCCUGCGUCACGCUGUUGUUUGAGGAACUCCGCUCCACCGUCAGCACACGAGCUGCGUUUAUAAACUUUAUAAUGCCGGUUUGUAAUUUCUUUCUUCAAGGUCGCUGCAGAUAUGGAGACAACUGCUGGAAUGAACAUCCUAAUGGCGGAAGAGGAGGAGAUUACAGAGGAAACCAGCAGCCGAGCAACAGAGGAGGUUUUGGCAACCGUGUGUGGAUAAACCCGUCUCAGCGCGGUGGUGGCGGCGGCGGCUCCUCAUCAGCAGGGGGCAGUAAUGAGUGGGGCAGAGGUGCAGGAUCAGCGCGGGACGUCCAGAGCUCAGAGUUCAGCUUCAACCAGAACAGAUUCUCAGCGCUGGAAACACACAGAGCUGGAGCCGACGACACACACACACACCUGGACACAAUCCAGAAGGACAUGGAGGUGUGGCAGACGUCUGGCCAGUGGCCGUUCUCCUGCUAUUCUGCUGUGAACGGACAGAUCUCAGGGUUUAUUGAGUUGUGUCCUGAGGAGCUGAGACUGGAGUUUUACACCAGCCGUGCAUCUGGUGACACUCAGUCUUAUGUGAGCUCGGUCCAGCAACUGGCCAAUCAGUGGAGGAGCAGAGUUCAGGAGCUGAGGAGCAUGAACAGCUCUACACAGAUCAAUGUGAUUGCAGAGCUCAAUAAUUCCAGUUCUGCAGCGUCUGCGCCGGGCUUUGGCUCUCCAGCUCCCGGGUUCGGCUCAGCAUCGUCAGGCUUUGGAAACACAUCUCUAUCAUCACCGCCAGCAGGCUUUGGAGGAGCAGGGUUUGGAUCCAGGCCACAGAGCAGUGGCACUUUCAGCUUUGCCUCGUCAAAAACUGACUUUGGAGCCUCAAAUACCCAGCAGGCCUCUGGUUUUGGCAGCUCUGCGUUUGCUCAGCCCACAUCAGGUUUUGGCAAUCCUGCCCCGUCUGCGUCCACAUUUUCUUUUGCAGCUGCAGAUUCAGAAAGCAAACCUAGUUCCGGGGGCUUCGGCUCCGCAUCUGGCUUCAGUUUCAAGACGGCUACAGCAGGACAGGGCUCAGGCUUUGGCUCCGGCUUCGGCUCCAGCUCUGGCUUCGGUUCUUCUGCACCAGCCCAGAGCAGCGGCUUCAGUUCAGCCAGCGGAGCUGCAGAUACUCAAUCUGGACACAGGCUGUUCACAGCUAAGAGCGAGCUAACCCCUGAAGAACUGAAGGAGUUCAACGCUAAACGCUUCACGCUAGGCCAGAUCCCGCUUAGACCUCCUCCUGCUGACCUCCUCAUGGUCUGACACUAACAGCGGCCGCCAUUUUUAUAUAAUAAAGCUUUAUGGACUAUGAU